AGCAUAAUAAAUGGACUCACUCCAUAUUUUUCCAUCUCCAAUUUCUGAGUACUGGAGCAUAGGCCUUGGGGGGGGGCGUGCAUGCAUACCAUGCAUACCCCGUUAGUUACCAUACCGAUGCUCUCUGGUGUGGCUUUUAUCUGUAGUCUGCCGUUUUAGGCUAAGUUCCUACAUGCUUGCCUGGCCCUCUCCGCAUGAAUCAUACCGUGCGACUCAAGUGUCCACAGCUGCGGCAUUUUCGACUGCAGCAGGGCCGUACCUCCGAAGAGACCUGGUCAGGUACCUUGACCUUGCGAUGGAUCGCGAUGAGCCUCAAAGAAUGUAAGGACUUGAAACCAGACUACUGCCGCUUUGCCGGAGUGUUCAUUGAUUUCAUUAUCAUUGUGUGAGUUCAUAAAUCCAAUGAAAGAAACUUGAGGUGCCAAGAUGUGCUGGUAUACCACCAACUUUACCUCGGUGUUGGGUGAAAUGCUUGCUCAUCAAAGAACAGUUUAAUGCUAUUUAAAGUGACAAUAAACUUCCUAGUCUCCAUAAAAUUAAAAGCCCUGUUUCCUCUUCAAGGAAUACCCUGAACCUUUAUGUCAUUCGUUUCCUAUUACGAGGAUUAAUGUAUUUGAAGUUGCGUGUACCUUCCAAAAUUAUUUCCGCGUCGGUUUAGAUGCUUGAGAUUAAUAAUAGAGCACCCCCUUGCAUUACAAUGGAAGAGACCCAUCCGCCCGCAGGUUCGCGGAAGCUGUCUAUAAAACAGGGUCCUCUCGAAGAUCGGCCAUCCCUCAGCCCAAGACCUUUCGCAGAGACUAGACGCGUCGGUUACUAUAUCGCCGACCCUGAAACGCCGACUGAAUAUUCCAACAUGGCGAAGGCGUACGCUUGCGUGUUGUUGCUAUUGGGAUUGGUGGCAGCGGUGGAACCAAAAUGCUGCUUUCCCUUGAUGGAAAGCUGGAUGACUAAUAUUGUUGCUGGUCUCGUGUACAAGAACGGUGAAGUCAUGACGGAGACCGCCACCUACGGACGGAACACCAUCGACGGCCUCCAAGGCUCGUCAAAGUUCUUCACGAACAUCAUGACAGGCGUUGUCUCCACUGUGCGCAAAGUCCAGAAAUACCAGCCAGGGGUAAAUGCCACCUUCAAUACUUGGAUGAUCUAUGACGAGAAAGAAUGCACCAUCGAACUGAAGCCGUCAGCAAUUCAGAACUGUGUGCCUGAAUUUGCCGAGCUCAGCCCAAUCUGGUACGGGAACCUUAGCCAGCCGCUGGACAUCAUGCGCCGCUACUCCGUGACGCCCGUCGGCGCGCGGCCCGGUGACCGCGACCUGCUGGAGAAGACGCUGUUCGUGGCUCCCGGCUGCAGCUUGGCCAACUCGCUCAAGAUCGACAUCAACCCGACAAAGAAAUUCGCCUCGCUGGUGAACUACGCCAACUUCCGUGUCAUCACCGAUACCUCCGAGUUCGCCGACAUGUUCGACUUGCCAGACUUCUGUCCCCGAGAGGUGCCGACGGCAAACAAGCCUGAAGCUGCACAACCCAAGCCGGAGCCCCGUGCAGAACCCCAGCCGGAGACCAAGAACGAGCGCGCCCGAGACGCGCUGAGAAAUUCCCGGUUCUUCCAAUAAAUCAUCAGGCAGAGCAAACACUGUCGAAACAAGCGACAAGGAGUUCAGAAAGCACGGUUUCCACGUAGCAUGAAUCGGCAACGCUCCCAUCCACAGUUAGGCUGAAAUGGUGGAGCAACGAAACUAGGACUUCGAUUACGAUUAUUAGAAAAAAGUGUAAAAAAUGUGUAAAAGUACAGGCCACAAUUUACCUCAUGUAACGUAGACGUAUUUAUAGUUUCAAUUUUUGUGUUCACUCUAUACGAUAGUAGAUACUCAGUUUUCUCACACAGACGCCUUAAAACAUGAUUUCACUUAGAUUCACUUCUUCCCUUUGCCUAGAAGCAUUUAAAUGUCACGAAAAACUUCCCUUUUGUCACACCGAUUAUAUGGCAGCUGAGUAUUUUUGUGUUUCACAUUUUUUUUCACUUCGGUUAAAACGACAAAAACAACAUAAACGCACUACACACGCACAAUUCCGCCCGCACAGCACGACACAGUACAAAGCAUUCGGCACCCCACGUUGAGAGCCACACGUUAAAACUGCAUGUUUAAUAUAAAAACAGUUCGUAAAAUUUAGCAGAUUUAAGGUGAAUAAUACUGGCAAUAACAUCUGUCCUGACUAGUGGCACAUUAUCGUGAAUCAGAUUUUUGUAAAGGUAAUUAUAUGCUUGGUUGAGGAUGGGCGAUUUCACAAUAAACUAUUGUGACUAAUCUAUGCAAGUUAUUGAAGAGUUUAUCUGGUUCGUUUCUUUAUGUUUUAACUUUUAUCAUUCUAGUCGAUCGAAAUCAGGUCUGAAUCUGACGGCAUGAAAGCUUGAUUUGUUUAUUUCUUCACGUGCCCUGGACAAGGACCUUCUUCCAAACCCAGGCUUCAAUCUGGCGUCAGCCUCGGGGUUUUGACUUGUGUGAUUUUUACAAUCCAUCCGGCACAGUGGCUAGGUUGUUUCUGAUUCAAAAUGGAUUCAUUUCUUGCUGCGGAAACCGUCAU